AUGGACACUUCUGAUUCUAGGAAAAGGCCAUUGGAUGGAGAAACAGAUAACGGGGUCACUAAACGAUCUAACCAAGGCGGAGCUACAAGCAGACAAUAUUACAUUCCCUAUUUAUUAUUCUAUAACAAGGGGCAGGAUCCUAGAGGGAAGUGCGAAAACAUCCAUCUAAAAAUAUUAGUGCCCAGUAUUGCCGCUGGUGCCAUCAUUGGCAAAGGUGGAGAAACCAUUGCUCAGGUUCAAAAAGAAGCUGGAGCCCGAGUUAAAAUGUCAAAAGCCAAUGAUUUCUAUCCAGGCACAACAGAAAGAGUAUGUCUCAUCAUGGGCCCAGUUGAAGCUGUACAAAAAGUUCACUAUUUUAUCAUGGAAAAAAUCAGAGAAAAGCCUGACCCUAACCCAAAAUUAGAUGACUCAAAAUCGAAUUUUGAGAGGCAUAGACAAGUAAGUGUUAAGAUAUUAGUACCCAAUAGUACAGCUGGUAUGAUCAUCGGUAAAGGUGGUAACUAUAUCAAACAAAUUAAAGAAGAAACUGGAGCUUACAUACAAAUUUCACAAAAAUCUAAAGAAACCAAUUUACCUGAAAGAUGUGUUACUAUUGCCUGUGAUUCUGAGGCUGAUAGAAAAGCUGUAGAUAUGAUAUUACAAAAAAUUGUUGAAGAUCCACAGAGUGGUAGUUGUCCUAAUAUAAGCUAUGCAGAUGUUACAGGACCUGUUGCAAGUGCCAACCCAACAGGUUCCCCUUUCGCAAAUACAACAUUUCUACAGAGUCGCACUUCAGAUAUUGCUAUUAACAACAAUAACUUCGCUGGCGGAGCAUUUGGUUUUGGAUUCAAUGGAAACACAUUUAACAGUACCAGUGGACUUAACUUUAAUGUCAAUUCAGGAUCAGCUAACUCAAUGACAGGACAGGCUUUGGAUAAUUUAAAAGUUACAUUAAGAAAUAGUGGAUUUACAGAUCAGGCUACAGAGGAGAUUAGUGCAGCGAUGACCACUCUAGCUAAUUAUGGUAUAUUAGGUGUUGGACUUGGUUUGGGUAAUAAUGUAGCUACUCCUACUACUACACCAACAAGCAGUGUCUCAAAUGCUUUUCUGAAUACAAGUAAUAGCUCAACUGGGGCUUCCAGUUUGUUUGGGCCUGUUGGUAGUGGAUCUGGUCUUGGAAGUUCCGGAUCUGCAGGUGCAAGCUCAAGCUUAUUUGGAAGUUCGUCUCCCAGUAUUGGUACAGAACGUUUUGGGAGCAGUCCUAUGUUGAGCGAUUCUUUUACUAGUCCAGGAACUUAUCAGACCACAGCUGGUUUCCCUACAGCUGACAGAUCGCCAAACAUAAAUCAAAAUUCUUUUGGUCUUGGAACAGCCAUUUAUAGCCCAACUGAUGAAAAGGCUGGUGUUGCUGGUGCAACCAAACAAGAAUUAGAAGUACCUGAGAGUAUUGUUGGAGCUAUUUUAGGACCUGGUGGAAAGGGUAUUGUAGAAAUACAACAGUAUACUGGUACAAAUAUUCAGAUAUCUAAGAAAGGAGUUUAUUCACCUGGUACAAGAAAUCGACUGGUUUCAAUAACUGGUACCCUGGCUAAUAUCAGUAAAGCUACAUUUAUGAUUCAACAACGUAUUCAGCAAGAAGAAUACAAACGAGCUAGACAAGCUUCAGUACGCUAA